UACAAGAGGACACAGCUGACACUGAUCGUCAGACGGACACUGUGAUAAAAGUUAAAGGAAAUGCCCCCACAGUAACUGUAUCCUGGAAGAAGAAGAAUGAGGAAGGAGAGGAUGAUGACACACAAACGACACUUGAUGCAAGCGAUCAGAUGACUGCCGAAAAGAUGACUGGUUGUGUAAAUGGGAAACAAAAAGCAGUUAAGAAUCGCCCAUCCAAGAAAUCUAAGGUGAACAACGAUGGAUUUCGUAUUUGUGUUGGCAACCUGAACAAAACUAAAACCUAUCAAGAAGUCAACGUGUCACUAGAAAAAUACUUCAUGUCGCAAAGCCUUCUGUUUCAAGACAUUCAAUUAGCCCAAUCCAGGAAACAUGCUUUUCUAGAUUUGGCCACCGAAAUGGACUUGACGAAAGCGUUGGCGUUAAAUGGAGAGAUCCUUCUCGAUAAGCCAAUGAAAAUCACCAAAGUAAAGAUCACAAGUGAGGACAAGGCGAAGGUGAACGCACGCUCACUGGACAAAAAAGUAAAUGGUAAAAGGAAGGCAGAAACCGUCAUUGAGGAUUCCCCAUCAAAGAAAGCAAAGCGCAUCAAUGAUGGAUUUUGUCUUUUCGUUGGAAACCUCAACAGCUCUAAAAAUUCUGAAGAACUGAAAGAGUCACUAGAAAAAUAUCUCAUGUCACAAAAUCUUCUGUUCAAAGACAUCAGAUUGGACCAAUCCAGGAAACAUGCAUUUGUAGAUUUGCUCUCAGAAAUGGACCUGACUAAAGCCUUGACAUCAAAUGGGGAGGUGCUGCUCGAUAAACCAAUGAAGAUCGCCAAAGCAAAGAUCAAAAGUGCAGAAAAAGUGAAGGUGAAAUCUCCUGAACUAAAAAAGCAAGCCAGAGAUGCCAGAUGUUUGUUUGUAAAGAACUUGCCUUACAACGCAACGAAGGAAGACAUUCUGAAGGUCUUCCACAAGGCCAUCGCCAUCCGGUUUCCUGGUGGAACAGAAGGCCCAACCCAAGGAAUUGCCUUUUUGGAGUUCAAAAACACAAGCAUUGCUAGGAAGGUACAGAAGCAAAAACAAGGAGUGACGAUCCGAAAGAGGGUUUUGAUUUUGAACUGUGUAGGAGAAAAAGGUGCUUGUAGAGUCACUAAAGCUGAUGUGGAAAACAAAAGGAAAAAAGAUAAAAAGGCCUUGCAGUCAUCCCAAAAUAUUGAGGCUGGCAAAAAAGAAGCCAAAGAAGAAUCGUGUGAAAAGCCAGAGAAAGCAAAGGUCCUGUCAAAAACACUGAUCGUCAUGGGCCUCGCUGAGAAGACGAGUCCAGAGAUGCUCAAAAGUGUCUUUGAAGGAGCCGUCAACGCAAGAGUCACUGUAAAUAAGAAAGACGUUUCAAAGAGGUUCGGCUUUGUGAACUUUGGCAGCGAUGAAAGUUGCAAAGCUGCUAAAGAGGCUAUGGAGGACUGCGAGCUAGAUGGCUGCAAAGUGACUAUCGCUUAUGCAUAUCCCAAGGGUAAAAAAAGUCGGCGAGCCUAAGGAGGCUUGGAGGGGGAUCCCGAUGGAAAGUCUGCAGGUCUGUAAGCUGGCAAAGAAGGAAGAAAGUUGACAGGUGGAAGAGCGAGGACAGGAGGAAAGACGUAACCUACUGCCUCAUAAAAUGCUCAUUAUGGAGAGGUCAGCAGACUAUAGUGUAGACUGUGUGAUCACACACAGAGGGAUGAAGUCCCCUUUAGCUUCACUGUAGCGCUUUACUGUCUUUUACUUCAUUGUUUUGUUUUUGUUUUGCUUCUUUGCUCAAACCCUGAAUUAAAUCCACUGUAGUCCACAGAGUUUUUCUUCUUGUUUGUUAGCGAGUACAACUUAAUGAUGCUAUUUUCACUUUGGGUUAGAUUUUCUACACCGACAUGAAAAGUAUGUAAAGAAUAAUGUACCUAAUUCAAAUCCAGUACCAAAAAAGUUGGGCCACUGUGUAAAAUGUAAGCAAAAAAAUAAAAU